CAGACUUUUCAGAUAUUCUCAUUGGCUCCUUCCAGUCACUAAUCCUAUAUCAUUUGUCCUGUCCUUCAACACAGCACCACAACACCGUUGGUACUACCGGUAGUACUAGCUAGUACCACCACAAAAACCACCCCUCAUCUUUGUUGCGACGUUGUCGCUGCUUCUUCCCCCAACGAGAACGACUAUUAGCAUACUGGCAAGAUAGCUAGCUACCAAGAUGAUGCCACCAAAGGUUAUUGCAAUUUCCGAAUGUAUCUUUGGCUUAUCCGUUCUGUCAUGUGCUGUGGCAAUCCGGCCGGAGGCAACGACUUGGACGGCCAGCAAUGGUUUCGUGGUGGUCAUUACGAUGUUGGGUAUCACGCUGCUUCUUCGUACUGCCGUGGUGACAGUUGCCUUUCCCUCUGAGGAGUGCCAAGAUAAUCCCAGCAUGAUUGCAAUGGGGAUUCAUUAUGCAUUCCUCAUGUUUGGCAGUCUGUCAUUCACGCUGCUACCCCUCUACUUGUCCAUUGUGCUGCUCCUACAACGACUUCGCCGAGCGCAGGAUGCCCAUGAAGAGAGCAUAAACAAUGACAACAGCAACAACCACAAUAAUAAUAAGAACAUUGAAGGGAGCGAAGACGUCAAAAUUGAAACCGAACAUUUGACUCAGCAACAGUAUUGGAUAUUUGCGGGUAUUUUGGUGCAGUUUUUUCCAAUUUUGGCUGGCAAGGUAUCAGUGCGAAUUUGGGGCGCCAAGCGAUUGGCGGAUGCCUGCUUGGGGCUGCCCGUUGUCGAGGCAAUCAAGGACGACGCAAAAAUAAUGAAAGCAACAGAACAAGCACCAUCCUUGGUGCACCGAGCUGUUCUGUUCAUGGAAUACGUUUGCAUGGGUUUGACCUUUGGUGCUGCUGCCAGCUAUGCCCUAUUGGACGAUCACGAGUUUUGGUGCGGGGCGGAAAAACACAACAACAGGACGGCUGGAGGGGAGUUCCUCAUGGGCAUCCGAUUUGCCAGCUUGUAUGCGUUUUAUGUACGGUUGUUUUUGCAUGCAUUGGUCUUGUAUCAAAUGGAGGACGCAUCUUUGAUUGCCACCAAAAGCCGAAAGGAUUGAGCAAAUGUACCGAUUUUACAGUAUCGAAAAGUGCAGGUCAAGCAUCAAUAAACUCCGGGCACACUUUAGAGUACUGAACAACAAGGUAUUGUGGUCCUUGGGGCAGGGGUGACCAUUAUUUAAAAGCGCAUCUUCGAGGACAUAUCCGGCAGCGUCCUGGCCGACUUCGUAGCUCAGCAUUGCACUGGUUGAAAGGUGCAGUGGAAAGAUCCUAUCAUUGCGUGUUUGGUUGAUUUGCCACCUGAACAAGAACACAGCUACAUGUAGACACGCAUAAUUCAUACCCUUUUGAGAUGCUUCUGGAAAGUCGAGUCCAGCGCUUACUAUUCUUCCCACACCAGCUUCACGACCAACACCAGGCUAGUGUAGAGUGCUUACCUCACAAGAGGCGCAACAACAAACAAGUCUCCUGGACAUGCGGCAGGUAGGGGUCAUCAAAGUUGGACCUUGCCUUGAUGCAUUUAUUUGUGGAUGUCCAACACAUAGAGCGUAGGCUUGAUCGUAUGCGAAUUUGCGGUCAAUGACCAUGGAGGCCUCAAGCAACAGAAAGAACACCAAUA